GGGCCCAAUUACUGGCACAAGGAGAGCUGCCUCACACAUCCUACUCUCCACCAGGCUUGACUUCCCAUCUGACGAGUAAUCAUAGCAACUCAUUAAAGAAGUACUAGCACCUAGUGAUCUUAGAAACGGCGUCCCUCCCCUUUAAGGAGAUGGGCAGCAGGAAGCAGACGUACAGAAUCUGGGAUGUCUACCAGAAGAUUUUCUACAUGAGGAACAAGGAACUGGUGGCAGGCUACCUGCAGGGUCAAAACACUAACCUGGAAGAGAAAAUUGACAUGAUUUCCAUUGAGCCUCAUUCCGUACUCUUGGGGAUCCGAGAUGGAACCCUGUGUCUGGCCUGUGUCAAAACUGGAAAUACAGCCCAUCUCCGGCUGGAGGAGGUGGACAUCACAGACCUGGACAAAGAUAGAAAUAGGUCCAAACGUUUCACUUUUAUCAAGACUGAAAAUGGUUCCACCAGCAGCUUUGAGUCUGCUGCCUGUCCAGGCUGGUUCCUCUGCACCCAGAUGGAGGCUGAUCGGCCGGUAGGCCUUUCCAACACUCAAGAGGAGAAUGUCAUCACCAGAUUCUACUUCCAGAGGGAAUAGCUCCAAGAGGAUUGCCUAACUCCACUCCUACCCUAUACUGUUUCCAUUCCUUGCUAUCCUUCCCCAGCAAGGAAGACUUUCCCUACCACUGUGCCUAGAAAGCCCCAUCUUUUUUCCAUUGCUGGCCCUCUCAAGGUCGCAAUGUCACAGUGGGUACUGUCAUCUCUGAGCCAGCAGGUUGAGGAAUGAGCACUAGACUGGAGAUCAGGAGGCUUGGGGUCCUGCCUGGCCAUUUUUUGCUUAUGUGACUUUCAACAGGUGACUUCACUCUACUAAAUCUUAGUUGCACCAUCUAUAAAAUGACAGGGUUAAAGAAGUCUCUGGAAGCUCCAAAGUUUUUAUGGUUCUAAGCUAAGCUAGCAGUAUGUUACCUGAUUUUCCUUUCUCUGAUCUCAGGGUCCCCAAAAGUCCCUCGGGGAAAGCAAGCCCAUCCCACCAACAAAAAGGGCUCCGGGGAAACUGUAGGAGAUGCUAGAGGUUCAAAUGUGUGAAGUGGGCGUUAUUGUUUUUCUAUAUCUUGUGACCAACUACAUCAUGUUUCAAUAAAACCUUGAAAAAUAA